CAGGUUCACCGCGACAUGACCACAAGACGAAACACGCGUUUGUGGCCGCCGUUGGCCAAGAAUAAAGUCAGAAGAGCAAAGACGGCUUUUCUAUCACAGCAUGAUUAUUCUAAGGGGAUAAGUGCCGUCUUGUAAAUUCCGAGCCUGAGCUGUUGGAGCUGUUCUUGUUCCUUCCUUACAGUCUCGUCUCAAGCGUGUGCUCGAGUCACUUCGAGUCCAUGAUUUGAGUUUCAGCAAGGGGGGCACAUGAUGCUCUUCCAGCGCAAUCAAGCAAAGGUGGGCUUUUAUCGCGACUCACAAGCUUGUCGAAAAAUAACAAGAACCACGAGACGGUUAGCCGCCCACAGCUUCCCCGGCUUUGGUUGCUGCUCCGAUACUUUCGUUGCCAUUCCAACCACUUCAACACUGCCGCUAAACCAUCCGCAACCAUGACGCGCGUUCUUUGCGUCGCUGAGAAGCCUUCUAUUUCGAAGGCAGUCGCUGGCCACCUUUCUGGUGGUCAAUACCAAACUAACAACACGCGCAAUACUUACAUCAAAAAUUACUCGUUUAACUAUGACUUCGGCCCGCCAUGGGGAAACUGCUCAGUGACCAUGACCGCUGUGAAGGGCCAUCUUACCGCUGUGGAAUUUCCACCCGACUACAAACAAUGGGAGUACCCACCGCCCGAUCGACUGUUCGACGCACCGGUUCUGACGGUCAUCCCCGAUGACAACAAAUCCAUCGCCAAAAAUAUCGAAGACCAGGCGAGACGCGCCGAUGCGCUCGUCAUCUGGACGGAUUGCGAUCGAGAAGGAGAACACAUUGGAAGCGAGAUCAGGUCUGCGGCGAGGAAAGGCAACAGCCAUAUUCAGAUCAAACGGGCACGGUUUAGCAAUGUCGAAAGAGCUCACAUUUUAUCUGCCGCCCGACGGCUCAUCGCCCUUGAUGACAAGCAAGUAGACGCCGUAUCGGCACGCAUCGAGCUCGACUUGAGGAUCGGGUAUGCCUUUACCCGGUUCUUGACCCUCAACCUUCGUCCUCUGGGAGGACCCCUAUCCAAGCUCACGCUCAGCUACGGGUCUUGCCAGUUUCCUACUCUCGGCUUCGUCGUGGAUCGGUAUUUUCGGGUCAAGAACUUCGUCCCCGAGGCCUUCUGGGGCAUCAAAAUGAUGCACGAGAGGGACGGCAUCAAGGUCAACUUCAACUGGUCGAGGCAUCGGCUAUUUGACCGCAUGUCGGUCGUCAUCUUCUACGAGAGGUGCCUCACGGCCAGGACGGCCAAGGUCACCAAGGUCCAGGAGAAGCCCACCAAGAAAUGGAAGCCGCUCCCGCUCACGACGGUCGAGAUGCAAAAGAUGGCCACCCGGUUCCUCCGCAUGACCGGUCAGCAGGCCAUGACCGUGGCCGAGAAGCUCUACAACAGGGGGUUCAUCAGCUACCCGCGCACCGAAACCGACCGCUUCGAUAAGGGCAUGGACCUCCGGGCACUCGUGCGGAAACAAACACAAGACAACCGGUGGGGCGCGUUCGCGCAGAACCUCGUCGACGGCGGCGGCUUCCAACAACCGCGGCAGGGUAGGCACGACGACAAGGCACAUCCGCCGAUCCACCCGAUCACGUACGCGGCGCCGGCGGCGCUCGACGACAGCGAGCGGCGGGUGUACGAGCUGGUGACGCGGCGGUUCCUGGCGUGCUGCUCGGAGGACGCGGCGGGGAUGGCGAGCGACGUGGAGGUGGCGUACGGGGAGGAAGGGUUCGGCGCGCACGGGGUGACGGUGCUGGCGCGCAACUACCUGGACGUGUACCCGUACGAGAACUGGACGGGCACCGCCCAGCUGCCGCGCUUCGCCGUCGGCGAGCGCUUCGAGCCCGCCGAGGCCAUGCUCACCGAGGGCAAGACCGGCCCCCCCGGCUACCUCACCGAGGCCGACCUCAUCGCCCUCAUGGACGCCAACGGCAUCGGCACCGACGCCACCAUGGCCGAGCACAUCGAGAAGAUCCAGGAGCGCCAGUACGCCAGGACCGUGGAGCGCGGCGGCGGCGGCGGUGGCGGAAACGCCGGCGCGGACGACGACGAACCAGAGGCCGCUCCCGCGGCGCGAGGCGGGCGCGGACGUGGCAGGGGGCGCGGCGGUCGCGGGGGCGGCGCACGGGGGGGCGGGCGCGGGGGCGCGGCGGGCGGCGGCCGGGGCGGCGGGGUGCGCGAGUUCAUACCGACCAGCCUGGGGGUGGCGCUGAUCGAGGGCUUCGACCGCAUGCGGUUCGAGACCAGCCUGGGCAAGCCGUUCCUGCGCAAGGAGAUGGAGCUCAAGAUGAAGGCCAUCUGCGACGGCCGCUCCACCAGGCAGGCCGUCCUGCGCGAGAGCCUGGGCGAGUACCGCCACGUCUACGACCAGUCGCGCGCCGAGCUUAAUGUUCUCAAGGCAGCCUGCAGGCAAUACGUCUUCCAGAACGGAGGAUGA